GAUGGUGCCGAGCGGCUCAAGUGCGGCAGCGUGCGCUUGUGUCCGGGAGAAGACUUUUUUUCCCCUCCCCGCACCUCCGGAAAGUCUCUGGGCGAGACUCAUCGAGCCUUUACGCUGGAGCCGCUCACGAAUGACCGCCGCGCCGCCAAACGUGCGCCUCUGACGCAGCCCGAGCCGCAAACGGGACCUCGUUUGAAGGAGAAACCGCUUUCGGCGGCCAAGAUGAGCUGCAGGAGAAGGUGCAAGCGGCAGGUUUUUAAGUUCGCCCGCUACUUGUUCCGACUCGUCACCGGCUCGCUGAAUACCGACAGCAUCGAAGACGAGCUGGAACUGUCGACCGUGCGUCACCGCCCCGAAGGUCUCGGACAGCUGGAAGCGCAGACGCGCUUCUCCCGCAAGGAACUGCAGAUCCUCUACCGCGGCUUUAAGAAUGAAUGUCCAAGCGGCGUCGUCAACGAGGAAACGUUCAAAGACAUUUACGCCCAGUUCUUCCCUCAAGGAGAUGCGUCGAUGUACGCUCACUUCCUGUUCAACGCCUUUGACACGGAUCACAACGGCUCGGUGAGCUUUGAAGAUUUUGUCAUGGGUCUUUCCAUUUUAUUGCGGGGCACCAUUCAAGAGAAACUCAAUUGGGCUUUCAACCUCUAUGACAUCAACAAAGAUGGUUACAUCACCAAAGAGGAGAUGCUCGACAUCAUGAAGGCCAUCUACGACAUGAUGGGCAAAUGCACGUACCCCGUGCUCAAAGAGGAGACGCCACGCCAGCAUGUAGAUGUGUUCUUUCAGAAAAUGGAUAAGAACAAAGACGGCGUGGUGACCAUCGACGAGUUCAUCGACUGCUGCCAAAAUGACGAAAACAUCAUGCGCUCCAUGCACCUCUUUGAAAACGUCCUUUAACUCGACGUCUCGAGGGAGUGUUUGUGCGUGUGCAUGUGUGUGCGUGUGUGUGCGUGCAUGUGUGCGUGGAAAAUGCAGACCUCCACCCAUCACGUGUUGUUCCUGGCUUGGAACAUUCUGGAAAAGUUGACUUUUAUCGUUUAUCCAUUCUUUUCCCGCCAGGUGAUAUCACUGUGACCUUUAUGUUCCUGUCGUUAUAUUUCCAGUCUUCUUUAUGACCGGUGUAUUGUUUUUAACUCUGUAUAGCAGUGGUUCUUAAAGGGGAAGUCUACCCCAAAAAUGUCUGUAUAAUAAUAUGUUCUAUGUGCCGCCACUUGUCUAAACUCUGAGGAAUAUGACUUCUAUCCAUCUUGGAGGGCGGCCAUUUUGCCGUUUGCUGUCAAAUGACAUCAACGUUGCCUUUUCAGGUCACAACCAAUCACGACUCAGAUUCAGAAAACUGGUGAGUUGUGAUUGGUUGUGACCUGGAAACUGUGAUGUCAUUUUCAGUCAAUAACAAAUGGCAAAAUGGCCGACCCUUGAGAUGGCUAAACACAGGUGAGUUUUGGCUGUUUCAUUCAUAUUCCACAAACAAAAAUUUAAUCAGAACACCGUUUCAAUUAGUUGGAAUGCACAAAACAGACUCAAAAGAAAAUUUGGGGGUUGAUUUCCCUUUUAAACUUUUUACACCAAGUAGCACUUCAAAAACUACUUGGCUCUCAAAGUACCAACAUCAUAACCGACAUUCACAUACAGUAACUUAAAUUUAUGGAGGAAAUGAUGAUUGUUUUGAUUAAAAUAUAUUUAAAAGUUAGUACAACUGAACUGUACUUGACAAAUGCAUUCGUGUGCCACUUUUGAGAAUCACCAAUAUAUGUAUACAGCAAAGAUAAAGAUUGAUGGAAGAAGACCAGGAUUGGACUGAAUGGAUUAGUCCACAUAGCACACCAAUAGUUUAUAUUAAAUCUAUGUACAGAACAUUAGACGGCAAUAACACUCCAAGUGGACCUCUUUGUUUUCAUUUUCUAGCGUUUUUUUUUAUUCACAUUACGCUCAUUGUACAGUGCGGUUUUAAGAGACAAAUGUGAAUUGUAGUUUUAAAAGCGAUGUAUGUUUGUUUCAUUUGACUUCCUUAAAAUGACUCAAUGUUGUACAGUUUAUCUUUGACAAAGGCGUGGUUGUAUUUAUUUUGUUAGUUAGGUAAGGAAAUCCUGACAUGACACUUCAAAAGUUAUCAUGAUGCAUUUCUACAUUUGUGUAAAUAUACCACAAGGUGAAAAUAAACUGAUGAACCUCUA